CUCUUGGUUUUAGGUGGGUGUGCUGCACUGAUCUAUGACUCCGAGUCUGAACAGGAAGUGUCGAAUGCUUAAAGGCUUCUCCUCCUCUGCCAAAUCUCUUCGUCUGUUUUUCUUCAGAUUGAGAAAAAGUCCUCAGUGAUACUACAACGAGAAUGCUCCCCUUCAAGGCCGCUCCGGAUCAGUUCAAGCCCGAGGUGAGGCAGGUGGGUCUGCACUGCUGGCGGGUGGAGAAGCUGAAGGCCGUGCCACUGGCUGUGUCUGAAUUCGGAGCUUUCUAUAACGGAGACUCUUACCUGGUCCUGCAGAACAGAGGAGACGAAGGAGCCGAUCUGCACAUGUGGAUCGGUGAGAAGUCGACUCGUGAUGAGCAGGUGGCUUGUGCCGUCUUGGCCACCCAGCUGGAUAACUUCCUGGGAGGAGAUCCUGUCCAGCACAGACAGGUGCAGGGCUACGAAUCGCCCGAGUUCAUGAGCCUCUUUCCUAGGGGAAUUACCUAUAAGGAAGGAGGAAUAGAGUCGGGUUUUAGGAAACAGCAAUCUGGCUCUGGUCCGGUUCAGAGGUUAUAUCAAAUUAAGGGGAAGAAGAACAUCAGGGCAAAGGAGGUGGAGCUGAAUUGGUCCAGCUUUAAUAAAGGAGACUGCUUCAUCCUCGACCUGGGAGAGACGAUCGUGUCAUGGGUCGGCUCUCAGGCCAACAUGUUUGAGAAGCAGAAGGUGCGAGAGAUUGCUGCUCUCAUCAGAGACACAGAGAGACACGGCAAAGCUCAAAUCUCUAGCAUCCAGGAGGGAGAGGAGACGCCUGAGAUGCUGAAGGUUCUCGGUCCGAUGCCGGCGCUUAAAGAGAGCAGUCCAGAAGACGACAGCCAAGCAGACAUGUCAAACACAGCCUCUCUCUACAAGGUUUCGGAUGCCACAGGGUCGAUGAAACUGACCAAAGUCUCUGAGAAGAAUCCAUUUGCCAAAGACCUGCUGGUACGUGACGACUGCUUCAUCUUGGAUAACGGAGCCAAUGGCAAGAUCUUUGUUUGGAAAGGCAGUGGUGCUAAUGCUGAAGAGAAAAAAGCGGCGCUGAAGGUCGCAGAUGAUUUCAUACAGAAGAUGAACUACCCCAGGAUGAAGACGCAGGUGGAGAUCAUACCGCAGGGCCGAGAAAACGUCAUCUUCAAGCAGUUCUUUCAAAGCUGGAGUUAAAGCGUUCAGAAAGAUUGGGUUUAGCUGAUGGUACUGAAAAGAAAAAUAAAUAAUUAAAGAAUGUCACAGUGACUCAAAAACAGUAUUUUAUUACUUAAAUAAUUAAUUCUCACAGAGUUAGAAAGACAGAGUUAGUAGAAAUCUCUCUCUCUCUCUCUCUCUCUCUCUCUCUCUCUCUCUCUAUUUCUCUAUUCUAUUACAUUUGAAUAUUAUAUGAAUAAAUUUAUAAUACUGGAUUUUUAUUUUUUAAAAACUCACUGAUAAACAAAUCAAACUGCCAGUGAUCAGACCGGUGUUAUUUACCAGCGUUCAGGCCAAGAUGAUGUUUAACACAGAUUAUAGACUGCUUUUUUUUUUUUUUUUACGUUUUGUUUGUUAAUAAUCUGUAAACUGUGCUAAAUUGGCAGCGAAGCAAUAAAAGUCACAGUGGAGCAAAA